UCUUUCCUCUUCCUCUUCCUUUCUUUCCCCUGUGAACUCAACGCCUACCAAAGAGGGAAAAUCCAUAAAUCGAGAGAUAAAAUUGGAAUGGCUCGACUCGGAUAUCUAGGGCUAGAUUGUUCGUGAAUAUAUUCACCGUCGUCGGUCCUAAAUUCUCUGUUCGUUCUUCCUCGAAUCGAUUCUUUGGAUCAUCGUGGUUGAGAAGGUCCUGAUCUGAGCUGCCAUAUUGAGGCUUUUGUGGUGGAAGAAGAGGAGUAUAGGGUUUCAGAACCACUGCAGUACUCUGAAGCUGCUGUCGCAAUGGUGGAUAAGUCUUGCAUCAAGCGCCUUCAGAAGGAAUACAGAGCUCUCUGUAAAGAACCAGUCUCCCAUGUUAUGGCUCACCCUUUACCAAAUGAUAUCCUUGAAUGGCAUUAUGUAUUGGAGGGAAGUGAAGGAACACCGUUUGCAGGUGGUUAUUACCAUGGAAAGAUCAAGUUCCCUCCAGAGUAUCCAUUCAAGCCACCCAGCAUCAGUAUGAUCACUCCAAAUGGACGGUUUAUGACACAGAAGAAAAUCUGCUUAUCCAUGAGUGAUUUUCACCCAGAAACUUGGAAUCCUAUGUGGUCCGUAUCAAGCAUACUUACAGGGCUUCUGUCAUUCAUGAUGGACAACAGUCCUACCACUGGCAGUGUUUCAACUACUGCUGCUGAAAAGCAAAGGUUGGCCAAGGCUUCGCUUGCUUUCAAUUGUAAGAGCCCAGUAUUUAGAAAAAUGUUCCCGGAAUACGUAGAAAAGUACAACCAGCAACAGCUUGCAGAGGAGUCGCUGUCAGAGCAGUCGUCACUAAUUUCACCUCCUAGGGAAGAUCAAGAAAGCUUCGGAGCAACAUCUGGGAAUACCAAAAGAAGGCUAGAAGAGCAAAAUAGAGAAAUCCUCAAUGAUGCAAGAAACAAAAAGAGAGGAUCACAGAAAUUCCCCUUCUGGUUGUUGAUGUUGCUGAUUUCCAUCUUCGGUAUUGUGAUGGCCCUACCUCUUCUCCAACCUUGAAGCAACCUAAGAAAUGAAAAGCUGUCUUGAGGUCAGUCCACAUGAGGCUUCUAGCAAUGUUACACUCUUACAUUUAUGGUUAUAUUGGAUCUGAACUCUUGAGUCAUGUAACUAAAAGAGAACUUGUAUGGGGGUAUUAGAAGCUGAAGCAAGAAAUAGUUCCGAUUCACUAGCUUGUCUCCUAUUUCGCUGGAUCUGCUUGUUUGCAGCUCCGGACAUUUGCUGCCGCUGAUGUCAUCUCAAUUGACCUUGUUGUGGAUCUUGGUUUUUGGCUUU